AUGGACCCCCAGAAGGAUGUUCAGCCUCCCAAGCAGCAGCCUUUGAUUUAUAUUUGUGGGGAAUGUCACACUGAAAAUGAGAUAAAGUACAAGGAUACAAUCAGAAGCACAGAAUAUCGGUAUAGAAUGGCGUACAAGAAGACAACAAAAAGAUGGAUGGUUUUUGAUGCUCGAUGA